GCAAUAAAGUUUUUCAAUACAAAACAUCAUGGCUGCGCCCUAAGUAUCAGGUGGUUUUUCUAAACGUGCUCGUUUGCGACCCAGCGACCUUACUGAUAAAUCAGAUCUUUGGCUCUCUGUGCUACUCCCUAAGGGUGGACUAUGACAGCCUCCGCUAAAGGAGCGAAGAAAGAGAAGAAAAAGCCGAUACCGGUGAAAACAUCUCUGAAUUCUCCAUACAGUCUCCAAUGGAGUCCCAUGGGGAGCGAGGAUAUGCACUUCAUCCUCAGUGCUUUAAAGGAAAAAAUAUCAGAGAUCGGCCUUCAGAAAAGAGAGGGGGUGAAAGAUAAUCGAAAGUGGGGCAAAAAGAAAAAACAACCCUCUGACAAGCCCCCGGAUGAACCUCGCGAAAAGGCAGAUACAGAGGGGGGAACUCCCCCAAAGAGGACAGAGCAGGGGUGGACAGACAUGGCCGCGAGGAAACAGCUGGCGAUAGGGAUCAACGAAGUCACCAGAGCCCUAGAGAGGAACGAGCUCUGUCUUGUGCUGGUUUGCAAGUCGGUGAAACCCCGACAUAUGACGAGUCACCUGAUCGCGCUCAGCGAGACCCGGGCAGUACCCGCGUGUCAGGUGCCCCGUCUCAGCGAGAGCAUGUCCAGGCUGCUCGGCCUGAAGUGCGUUCUCGCUUUGGGCUUCAAGCGGAACACGGACACUUUCUCCCAGACGGUCAGUGCCAUCGUUCCUAAAGUGCCGCGGUGUCAUGUGCCGUGGAUAGCGGCCCAGGCUGAGGCACCGAGUGUAGGAGACGACUCUGUUUCAGAGGGGCAGAGGGAUGAAACGGAGAACAGAAAUGAAACCAAGGCCCAGAAGCGAAAAAUUGUGGAGGCAUCUCCUGAGACAGUAGAACUCAAAAACGCUUCACCAUUCCCACUGCAGCCCCUCAGAGUUAAGAAGAUCAUUCCCAACCCUUCAAAGAUCCGCAAGCAGAAGAAGAAAAAGGUAGCAAAAUGAAAAUGUUAUCACAGCAAACUUUUCAGUGGUAAUCUUUAAGGUCUUUGUAAUACUCUGUGUUUUCCUUUUGUAAUAUUGCAGGACCUUAAAGUCUAGUUUUUU